GGGCCGGGCCGCGGCACAGGGACAAAGCAGGGGGCAGCGCAGCGCUCGCGCUAUGGGCCUAUCACAGGGUAUGAUGCCCCACACUCUGCCUCUCACUUUGCAAGCAGUCCUCACACACUCCUGGGGUUAUAAAGCUACAUCUGUUCCUGCGGUGAUUUAUAACGACAAAUCUUCCACAGAAAUUGCCUUCAUCUACUGUUCUGGCUUCUACUUUUAGUCAGCAGAAGAGAAUUAAGCACAAAGCAAAGUAAUCUUAUCUCAGUAGACAGAGAGACUUUGUACAGUAUGUUCUGUACCAAACUGAAAGACUUGAAGAUCACUGGGGAAUGUCCUUUCUCCUUACUGACCCAAAGUCGUAUAUCUGAUGAACAUGAGGAGGAAUGUGCAGAAGUGCCAAAUAGUUCUAGAGCAGCUUUGCCCAUCUGCAAAGAAGUCAGUGAAAAAGACACUCAUGGGACCCUUCCACAAAGGAAAACCAGUAGAAGCAGAGUGUAUCUGCACACGUUAGCUGAAAGCAUCUGUAAAUUGCUCUUUCCUGAGUUUGAAAGGUUACAUCUUGCACUUCAGAGAACAUUAGCAAAGAACAAAAUAAAAGAAAACAGGAAAUACGGGGAGAGAGAAGAUUUUGAAAAAAUAGUCACUGAUCAUGCAAAUGCAGCAGGUGUUCCAGUUGAAACUGUAAAGGAAUAUCUUGGUGAAGAGCUAUUCAAAAUAUGUUAUGAAGAGGAUGAACACAUCUUAGGAGUUGUCGGAGGAACCCUUAAGGACUUCUUGAACAGUUUCAAUACCCUUCUGAAGCAGAGUGGCCAUUGCCAAGAAGCAGACAAAAAGAGCAAACUUGAGGAAGCAUCCAUAUUAUGCCUGGAAAAAGAUCAAGACUUCUUAAAUGUGUACUGUUUCUUUCCUAAGAAAAUAACUAGUCUCAUUCUGCCUGGCAUUAUUAAGGCAGCAGCUCAUAUUUUGUAUGAAACCGAAGUGGAAGUGAUGCUGAUGCCCCCCUGCUUUCGUAAUGACUGCACGGAGUUUAUUAACCAGCCAUAUUUGUUGUACUCUGUACUAGUCAAAAGCACAAGACCUUCCUUAUCUCCAUGUAAACCACAGUCCUCUCUUGUGAUUUCCGCCUCUCUGUUCUGUAAGACUUUCCCAUUUCAUUUCAUGUUUGACAAGGAUAUGGCUGUUCUACAAGUUGGCAAUGGGAUAAGGAGACUUUUGAACAGGAGAGAAUUUUUAGCAAAUCCUAACUUUGAGGAAUAUUUUGAAAUUCUUACCCCUAGAAUAAACUGCACAUUUAGUGGGAUCAUGACAAUGCUCAAUAUGCAGUUUACCGUACGAGUGAAGAGAUGGGACAAUGCUGUUAAGAAAUCAUCUAGGGUAAUGGAUCUUAAAGGCCAAAUGAUCUAUAUUUUUGAAUCCAGUGCCAUCUUGUUCUUGGGAUCUCCCUGUGUGGACAGAUUAGAAGAUUUUACAGGACGUGGAUUAUACCUUUCUGAUAUUCCAAUUCAUAAUGCACUGAGGGAUGUUGUUUUGAUAGGAGAACAAGCCAGAGCUCAAGAUGGACUAAAGAAGAGAUUAGGAAAGCUUAAAGCUACUCUUGAGAUGGCCCACCAAGCUCUGGAAGAGGAGAAGAAGAAGACAGUAGAUCUUUUGUGCUCAAUUUUUCCUGGUGAGGUUGCUCAGCAGCUGUGGCAGGGACAAGUUGUGCAAGCCAAGAAAUUUAAUAAUGUCACAAUGCUUUUCUCUGACAUUGUAGGAUUCACUGCCAUCUGUGCCCAGUGCUCACCUAUGCAGGUUAUCACCAUGCUUAAUGAGCUCUAUACUCGCUUUGAUUACCAGUGCGGAGAGCUAGAUGUCUACAAGGUGGAGACCAUUGGAGAUGCUUAUUGCGUGGCUGGAGGUUUACACAAAGAAAGCGAGACACACGCUGUUCAAAUAGCAUUGAUGGCACUGAAGAUGAUGGAGCUGUCAGAUGAGGUGAUGUCUCCCCAUGGAGAGCCUAUCAAGAUGCGUAUUGGCCUCCAUUCUGGGUCCGUCUUUGCUGGAGUUGUUGGGGUUAAAAUGCCACGUUAUUGUCUCUUUGGAAACAAUGUAACCCUUGCCAACAAGUUUGAGUCUUGCAGUAUACCUAGGAAAAUAAAUGUCAGUCCAACAACUUACAGGCUGCUAAAAGAAUAUCCAGAUUUUGUGUUCACACCUCGCUCAAGAGAAGAACUUCCUCCAGACUUUCCCAGUGAUAUUCCUGGUAUUUGUUACUUUCUGGAUGCUUAUCUUCAAGGAACAAAUUCAAAGCCUUGGUUUCAAAAGAGAGAUUUUGAAGAUGGCAAUGCAAAUUUCUUGGGCAAGGCAACAGGGGUAGACUAAAUUGUACAUUCACACAUUUACAAAAGAAUUUUAUAAAAUAUUUUAAUUUUGUAUAAAUUGAGAAUUUAAAAAGGUAUGAAACAUGAAAGCACUUUAGAUUGUUAAUACCUGAAAGCCAGUAUUAAAAUUUCAGGAAGUAUGUCAGAUACUACUUUUUAUUUUUACUUUCCAGAUGAUAUAUAGUCACUAAAAUAAUAUUUCAACGUCACUAUUUAAAACACUGUUUAAGAGUACUUUUUUUUCCUGUGGCAAUCUGUGCUACAUAACGACCAUUUCAACUCUACCUGUACUGAAAAUUCUAAACAUGUUGUACAUACAGUGUAUCAAAAAAUGUUGUGUACAAGUGAUGCAGUCAUAUGCAGUUUGGUGUGCUGGUGCAUAACAGUGACUAUUAAAAUGCAGUUUUCUUAGUUGCUCCAUAAGAAAAAGGAAACACCCGUUACUGUAAUAACUCCUUCCAUUGCAUCUUUGGGCCUAGUCCUGUGAGGUGCUGCCCAUCUCCUAGCGGGAGCUGAAGUUAACAGUAAUUGAAGGCACUUAGCACCUUGAUGGAUCAGGUUGCUAGUUGUAACUAAUACCAGUAUAUACAGCAGAGUAUGGAUGCUUACUGUUCCCUGAACUUUGUUUUCUUUGUGCAUAAAAUAAAUAUUUAUAGAAUAUUCAAAUAUUGUAUAAUCACACACUAAAGCCUCUGUAAUCAAAUAAGACUUUAGUUUUUGGAGUUUUCAAACCCUAUUUUAAAAAUUAU